AUGGUGGCGUAAGUUAACAUGAAAAUGCGUCUAUGCAAAUCAAUGUCUGCCCCGCCCUCUAAGGGGGUGGUUCGGUUGGCAACACUGUAAGCCAAUUAAAUGCCUAGCUUUAUGGGACGUCAUAGGGGUCGGCUGUGCAGCAAGUUAGUGUGAGAUGUGUUUUUCAAUGGAAAUUGUACAAAAACGACAGAAGUCACCGACGGAACAAAAAUAAAAAAAAAAUUUGUCUUUGAGAGAAAAGCUAAAUGAGGUAGCUGUUAAAUCACGCUGACGGAACAACUGCGCGUUGAUAUUUCUGAAAUUUUACACUGCAUCAACGUUGAAGAACGUUUUUUUCCCCUUGAGGUUUCGAAGAAGAUACAAUAUACAGAUCCAGAACGUCAGGGGCAUUAUCGCUCUGUGAUCUCGUUGCAGGCGAAUUGAAAAAGACAUAGAGCUGUCAUGACUGGGGUGGGAGCUGAUGAUGACAUCCCACUUGGUGAGAGGAAAACUGUGACAGACUUCUGCUAUCUGCUGGACAAAUCCAAGCAGCUCUUCAACGGCCUGCGAGAUCUCCCUCAGUAUGGACACAAGCAGUGGCAGUCCUAUUUUGGCCGUACCUUCGAUGUCUAUACCAAACUUUGGAAGUUUCAGCAACAGCACAGACAGGUGCUGGACAGUCGAUAUGGCCUCAAGAGGUGGCAGAUCGGUGAGGUGGCCUCCAAAAUCGGCCAGCUCUACUACCAUUACUACCUCCGUACCUCAGAAACAAGCUACUUAAAUGAAGCAUUUUCCUUCUACUCAGCCAUCCGCCAGCGCUCAUAUUACUACCAGGUCAACAAGGAGGACAGGCCAGAGUUGGUGGUGAAGAAGUUGAGGUACUAUGCCCGCUUCAUUGUGGUGUGUUUGCUACUCAACAAGAUGGACCUGGUGAAAGUUUUGGUCAAGGAGCUUUCUGAAGAGAUUGAAGACUACACUCAACGCUUCAACACGGAGGACCAGUUAGAGUGGAACCUGGUGCUACAGGAGGUUGCUGCUUUUGUGGAGGCAGAUCCAGUUAGGAUCCUGAAUGAUGACAAUGCAUUGGUGGUCAAGUCCAAUCGAAUGCAGGAAGGGGCUGUGCCCCAGCUCGAGCCCGGGAUGGUGGUUGGUCAGCUGACAUUGGCCGAUGCCCUCAUUGUCGGCAAUUCCAACAGUCAGGUGAAGUUCAGCGAGUUGACCAUCGACAUGUUUCGCAUGCUCCAGGCCCUUGAGCGAGAACCUGUGAAUCUUGCCACCCAAACCACCAAACCAGGGACACUUGUAAGAGAAGACUCUUGCACUCUCCCCAUCUCUCUCACCGAACCCAGCGAAAAGCCAGCCAAGCGGGAGAACCCUCACAAAUACCUUCUAUACAAACCCACUUUCAGCCAACUUUACACCUUCCUUUCAGCCUCCUUCAAGGAGCUACCUGCCAAUAGUGUUCUCCUGGUAUAUCUGUCAGCUACUGGGGUCUUUCCCACUGGACGUGUGGAAUAUGAAGGACCCUAUGACUUUGGAGGAGUUCUAACCAACACUAAUCGUGAUGUAGUAAACUGCGAGGCGGUGCAGAAGAGAAACCAGGCCCAGAAAGAGAUGCACUGCCUUCACCCUGGAGACCUGUACCCCUUUACCAGGAAGCCCUUGUUUAUUAUUGUGGACUCGUCCAACAGCACGGCCUACAAGAAUUUCUGUAAUCUGUUUGGCCAGCCUUUGGUGUGUCUACUUUCCCCUACUGUGUAUCCAAAGAGCAUGCAAGACCAUUCUCAGCGUGGGAGUCUCUUCACUCUUUUUCUCUACAAUCCCCUAAUGGGCUUUCUGUCCAUCUGUGGGCUAACCAGUAUGUGCCAGAGUUUAUGGGAAAAGGCCCAGGAGUUUUUGAGCAAGGUUUCUCAUGACAUUGGCCAGAUGCUCACCAGCUCUCGAGCUAUUGAUCAGGCUUUUUUGCAGUUCUAUGGUGAUGAGUUUUUGAGGCUGCUGAUGAUCAGGUUCGUGUUCUGCUGUGCCACUCUACGACUACACAAGCUCUUCCGGGAAGCACAGAGUUUUCCAGAAUCGUACCCCCAGCUGCCCAAACAGGAGAUGGUGGAGAGCAACCUACUGCAGAAACACAUAAUGCAGCUGGCAGCCAUGCUGGAUGUGCAAAACCUCUUUGUCGAUGGAAUGCUGGAUAACUACUGACUGCUUUGUGGCAAAAUAGCACUGUGCCGACAUACAUGCUCAUAUGGACGCACACAUAAACCUGGUCUGUAGGUCCUCCCGAAUGAAGUUCCUGGUAUUUUGUUUAACUUUACCUCUAUAUAUUUAGAUCUAGAUAGUUUUUAACAAUUUAAGAGUGUCUCAUUUUUGUGGUCAGCUAGUUAUAAUUUUUUUUUUUUUUUUUUUUUUUUGUGAUUUUCACAUAUAUUGGAAAGAGUUACACAGCUACAUGUAAAAUAGCUCCCAAAGUACAAUAUUGAAUAUUGUUUUAUACCUGCAGGUGUUAUUGUGCAGCUACAGCGACAUUAAGUCUGCUAAAGGCAGCUGUUGCUUUUAGAAGGGAGACAGGUGAAAUAUAGAGCACUUAAGCUCAAUCAAGAAAAAGUGAAUAACUUCACAAUAAUACUGACUGAUAGUUUGCUUCUCAAAUUCUUCCAUAGAAAACUACAGUGAGGGCUCGGAGACUAAAAUAUCAAACUGCAAUACUCAAAAAUAUUUUCACAAUAAAUUAUAUUUAUCUCACUGUUUAGAUUGCUAACAAAACUGCCGGUGAACAUUAAAAAAAAAUGCUUACAUUUUUUAAGCUACAAAGCAUUAUUUAACAAAGAAAACUAAGAAAAAUUUAACAUGCAAAAAACCUGUUAACUUGUUAUUGUAAUACUGGAGUUGGUCAGAGCUACAAAAUUACUGAGGAUACCUGCAAUAUCUUCAUAAAUCCCAUUGUGAUGUAGUUUAUCGCAGUAUCUGUAUCUUAUACUGCACAGCUAUCAUUCCCUGUUUUGUCAUUCAUCACAUUAUUCUUCUGUAACUUUCAUGUGUUUUGUCAGUAGCGCAGACAACACAUGCAGUUGUUUGCUUUGGCACUCAGAUGUCUUUUGCACAUCUUGUUUACUACAAUGUUUUGCUUACAAUCUAUAUGCGUCAAUUGUGUCAUGUGUACUAUGAACUCAAGCCUGCCCUUCUGAAGAUGGUUUGAAACUGAAUGCCUUUUUUGGGCCAAUAGCAUUUUAUGAAAUUAACAAUUAACAGUUUUGCAUGUCUUAUUAGUAUGUGGUGCAUAUAACCUAUACCUACAACCUGAUUUCUAAACCCAUGUGUGUGGUGGACACCUAUAUACACUGAUUAGCAAUAACAUUAAAACCAAUGACAGAUGACGUGAAUAAUAUUGAUUAUCUCGUUACAUGGCAUCUGUCAAGGGGUGGGAUAUAUUGGGCGGCAAAUGAAGAGUCAGUUCUCGAAGUGGCUGUGUUGGAAGCAGGACAAAUAGGCAAGUGUAAGACUCUGUGUGACUUUGACAAGGGCCAAAUUGUGAUGGCUGGACGACUGGAUCAGAGCAUCUCCAAAAUCGCAGGUUUUGUGGGGUGUUCCCAAAUGCAGUGGUUAGUCCCUACCAAAAGUGGUCCAAUGUUCUGCUGGGAAACCUUGGGUCCUGGCAUUCAUGUGGAUGUUACUUUGACACAUACCACCUACCUAAACAUUGCAGACCAAGGACACCUCUUCAUGGCAACGGUAUUCCCUAAUGGCAGUGACCUCUUUCAGCAGGACAAUGCACCCUGCCACACUGCGAAAUUAUUCAGGAAUAGUUUGUAUACAGGUCAGAGCUGUUUUGGUGACACAAGAGGAAGCUACACAUUGGUUUUAAUGUUAUGGCUGACUGGCAUAUAUGUAUAUACAUAUCUCAUAUAUCAAACCCAAAAUGCAUAACAUUGACAAGAUGCAAAACACUCAUCAACAGUAAGAAUUGACAGGCCAGAUUCGAAUUCAUAAAGAAAUACAGAGAUGAGCCACAAAAGUCGUAGAAAAAGAUUAAACUCUACCAAAGGAUAGACAGAAUCUACCCAUGAUCCAAAACAUACAAGCUCAUCGUUCAAGCACAGUGGAGGAAGCAUGGCUUGGGUUUGCGUGGAUGCUUCUUGAACUAGCUCAUUAAUCUUUGUUGAUGAUGUAAACUCAUAAUGCUAGCAGCAGAAUCACUUCAUAAGUGUAGAGAAACAUUCUGUCUGCCAAUUUAUAGAGAUAUGCAUCCAAUCUAAUUGGAAUGAAAUUCAUCAUCCAGCAAGACAAUGACCCAAAACAUGUUGCCAAUACAAUACAAGGACUUCAACAAGGGAAAAAAAGUGGAAAAUCAAUCACCAGACCUUGAGUAUUCAUUUCACCACCUGGAGGGGAAAAUAACCCUCAAAACAAACAACAACUGAAAGAAGCUUUGGUAUAAUCUGGAAAAAAGAAUGCAACAAUUUGGUGAUGUCACUAGGUUGCCGGUUUUACGCAGCUAUUGUAAACAAGGGAUUUGUAACCAAAUAUUAAGUGUUGGAAGCAGGUAAAAUGGGCAAGCAGGAUCUGAGCAACUUUGACAAGUGCCAAAUUGUGAUGGAUAGACAACUUGGUCAGAGCAUCUCCAAAAUGGCAAGUCUUUUGGGGUGUUCCCAGUAUGCAGUGGUACUUACCAAAAGUGGUCCAGAGAAGGACAACUGGUGAACCAGUGACAGGGUCAUGGGUGCCAAGGUUCAUUGAUGCAGUUUUGAGUGAAGGCUAGUCCAUCUGGUCUAAUCCCCCAGAAGAGCUAUUGUAGCAAAAAUAUCUGAAAAAGUUAAAGCUGGCUAUGAUAGAAAGGUGUCAGAGCACAGUGUGUCACAGCUUGCAGUGUAUGGAACUGCGUAGCACAUACUGAACCCUGUCCACUGCCGAAAGUGCCUUCAAUGGGCACGUGUGCAUCAAAACUGGUCCAUGGACCAGUGGAAGAAGGUGGCCUGUUCUGAUUACUCAUGUGGACAGCCAGGGGCGUCUCUUACCUAGGUAAGAGAUGGCACCAGGAUGUACUAGGGAAGAAGGCAAGCUGGCGGAGGAAGUGUGAUGUUCUGGGAAAUGUUCUACUGAGAAACCUAGGGUCCUGGCAUUGAUGUGGAUGUUACUUUGUCAUGUACCACCUACCUAAAUAUUGUUGCAGACCAAGUUCACCCCUUCAUUGUUCCCUAAUGGCAGUGGCCUCUUUGAGCAGGAUAGUGUGCUUUGCCACACUGGAAAAAUUGUUCAAGGUGUUGACUUGGCCUCCAAAUUCCCCAGAUCUCAAUCCGAUCAAGCAUCUGUGGGUUGUGCUGGACAAACAAAAUCCAUGGAGGCCCCACCUCGCAACUUACAGGCCUUAAAGGACCUGCUUCCAAUAAUUUUGUUGUACAAAUGUACAAAAUGUAUGUACCUGACUGGUAUAUAAAGAAUUUUGAUGCAGAGAGGUGUAUAUGUCCAUCUGACUUAUUUGUUGUACCUAAUGUGUGGGGGGGAAAAAUUAACCACUGCAUUUUGCAAAUUUGUGCAGUGUUCAUGAAUGAGCAGACAGAGCAUUAGAAUCUGCCUGUCCUGCAGACAGGUAUAAACCAGGCUGUCUUGUGAUGUGAUCAUUAUUUUAUUUGUUUCUCAAGUCACGGUUUUAAUUAUGAUAUUUAUUGUGAUGAUAGCAUUGGACUUUAUUCUAUUGAAGUCUGACCUCUAUACUUUUUCUAAACAUCCUCAGAAAGUUAAACUACAUAACAAACAAAAAACACACAGCUGUGAGCCUUGUUCAGCACAACAUAAUGGCUUGCAUCAUGGGACCAACAGGUGCCACAACUGACCACCAGAUUUUUACCCUUAGAAAGCACAAGGCCCCAGGAUCUAUCUUGUAACUUCUCUUUCAUGUCAUUGAGCCAUUUGACCAUGGCAUUAUCUGCAACAUUUACAAGACUCCAUCUUCCUGAUUCAUGUGCUUCAGAUGGCACACUGGAUAUGUAUGAACAGAGCAGGCUGUUAACAUAGGCUCUGAAAACAUAGGUUGGCAGCAUUUCUAUUAAAUAAUCAGUGACUUUUUACAAUUCUGACAUAUUUAAACACAUCUGUGACACAAACUCAUUUGCUAGCUUAUUUUCAGCUACAGUUUCCUCUGAAAGUAUUGGAAUGACAAGGUCAAUUCUUUUGUUUUUGAGAUCAAAAGAUGAAUGUGAGAUGAUAAAUCAGAAUUUCAGUUUUAAUUGAUUGAGAUUUACAUUUAGGUGUGUUAAAAACUUGACAGGUCCCUUCUUUCUCCAAACUUUGGCCUUUCCAUCACUGAAGUAGAGAUUAAUAUUGGUUCCAGAACUUUUGUAGCUCAUCUCUGCAUUUCUUUUCAAAUUCCAGUCUGGCCUUCUGAGUCUUACUGCUGAUGAGUGGUUUGCAUCUUGUGGUAUGGCCUCUACGUUUCUGCUCUCAAAGUCUUUUCUGACUGGUGGAUUGUGAUACCUGUGACCAGUAGAGGUUGUUGGUGAUGUUAUGUUUUUUUGGGGUUUGUCAUUUUUCAGUCAUCAACUGCUGUUGUUUUCCUUGACUGACUUGUUUGAUGACUGUUUUUUUAAUACACUAGUGGUUUCUUUCUUUUUCAGGACAUUCCAAAUUGCUGUAUUGUCUAUGGUCAAUGCUUAUACAAAAGUUCUGAUAAUGUAUCCCUCUUUUCUCAGCUUCAAAACUGUCUUGCUUUUUUCCCCAUAGACAGCUCUCUGGUCUUCAUGUUUUAUCCUUUUUAACAACAGAUUCAGUCUUCACAGGCAAAAACCCAGGGUACAAAUUAAGAGUAGAUGUUCAGAGUUAUUAAUUGUUUAAUCAAUAAAUCUAACCACCAGCCACAUGUUCCAAUAUAUUUGAUCACUUGAAAAAUGGGUGGGUUCAAGCAAAAGGUCCAUGUUCUAAGCUGUUUAACAACAUCUAGAUGUAAAUAUCAGGAAAUGAAAGCUGAAAGUCUGAUAUCAUGCCAUAUUCAUCUUUUGAAUGUCUUCAGUGUACAGUAUAGCAAAACAAAUUAAUUGGCCUUGUGUUUCAAAACUUUUGGAGGGGACUGUAUCUCUAAAUUGAGUUUCCUCAUAUUAUAUUUCCCUCAUAUUAUAUUUACAAAUCACUGCCAAACAGACCCAUCUGCAGCCUAGAAAAGGUUUUAAUUAAUCCUGUCACUGCCAGGGUUACUGAACCCACUCUUGCAGACACAGCACAGUUUAUACACCAACCUGUCCUUGUAGAGUAUACAGUAUCUUUAAUUCACUAAAGGAAAUGGUUUAUAAAUCACUGCAAUUGCAAACAGAUGAAAGGCAUCUCUGUUUCCUCCACUUCCUAAUGCUCAUGUCUGACUGACCUUAAUUUAAAUUUUUCUCUUUUUUUAGCGUGUCGGUCACUGGCAUUACAUGAGCCAGCCCUCUAAAUUUGUGGGUCAUCUUCUGACAUAUGUGUAAGUCACAGAUUCUGUAGCACUUAGUGGAUGAGAAGCAUUAAUUUCAGACAGGGACUAACUAAAGCACAGGCCCUAAAUGGCAAAACCUACAUCUAAAUAUUGAAGUGGGCUAGUUAUAUUUAGGGCAUUUUCCUGCCGAAACUGUGACAUAUGUUUUCAUAGUAUCUGUGAUAGUAUGCAUAGUAUCUAGCUAUCAACCCUUUAUUAUUGUUAAUGUGCAUAUACACCAUGGUAGUGAGAUGGAAGGUGCCAUUGAUGCCUUGUUCGUAGAAGUUAAGCUGAAGGAUUGCUUGGUUACUAUGGGUUUGUUUUUUCUUUUGUAGCAGUUCCUACUGUUUUAAAAGUAACAAAAUGAUGAUAAUACUCUUUCUUUAUAAGUUAAGGGGUAUUACAGUUGUCAGUUAGCUUGAAUUGUAUUCUCCAACUGUCAUGUUUUCAGUCAUUUCCUAUGGUUGUCUUAUCUUUUGCCAGAUUGCACUUUUCAGAAAAAAAGGACAAGAUAAAUGUCAUACCAAAACAUGCAAGCUUUUUUGUUUUUCAGAAUGCUAUUUAAGAUCAUUAAAAUAUGAUUGUUUUGUUUAA